UGCUGUGCUGGUGCCGCCGCCGUAGUAUUUCACCUUUCCGGUUUGUGGAACUUCCAUGUGCACGUGUACAAGAAACAAUUUUUGUUUUUUCCCAAUCAUUGUUUAAUUAUUAUUCUAAAAGUGGAUUGACAUACUCCAUAGUGUAUUCAGUGGAUUAAAACUACUCGUGUGGCUGUGGAUUUCAAAAUGGUGGGAUCUCGCGUCUAUGUAGGAGGACUGCCAUUUGGUGUCAGAGAUAGAGACUUGGAAAAAUUCUUCAAAGGUUUCGGAAGGAUCAGAGAUAUUCUCAUCAAGAAUGGCUAUGGUUUUGUGGAAUUUGAAGAUUACAGAGAUGCUGAUGAUGCUGUGUAUGAAUUAAAUGGCAAGGAACUACUCGGGGAAAGGGUGUCGGUGGAGCGCGCUCGCGGUAUGCCGCGGGGCUCGGACCGCUGGCGGUGCCGCGAACUGCCGCCGCCGCCGCCCAGACGCCUGCCGCCGAGACGAGAUCCUGACUACAAUUAUAGAUACGGGCCGCCCACGCGCACCGAGUAUCGACUUAUCGUCGAAAAUCUGUCUAGCCGCAUUAGCUGGCAGGACUUGAAGGAUUAUAUGCGUCAGGCUGGGGAAGUGACCUACGCCGAUGCACAUAAACAGCACAGAAAUGAAGGUGUGGUGGAAUUUGCGACCCAUUCUGAUAUGCGGGCUGCCAUUGAGAAGUUGGACGGCACGGAACUGAACGGGCGCCGCAUUCGCUUAGUGGAGGAUCGCCGCUCGUCACGUCGUCGUACACGCUCCUCCUCCAGUCGCUCUCGCAGUCGUUCUCGCGAUCGUCGUCGCAGCCGCUCUAGCCGCUCAAGGUCCAAAUCUCGCCCGAAGAGCAAGAGUCCAGCGGCGAAGUCGCGCUCACGCUCGCGCUCCAAGGACCCCAGUCGUUCGAAGUCGCGGUCUCGCUCGGCCUCGCGUAGAUCAGACCGUCGCUCAGAGUCACGCCGCUCAGCGUCCAGGAAGUCUGGAGAACGGAACGGGCACCGUUCAGCCUCCAGGUCAAAGUCCCAUUCGCCGAAAGCUGACUCCAAAGAGACUGCCAUCGCAAGAGAGAGAUCGCGUUCGCGCAGCAAGGAGGCAUCACCUAAGCGAGAAGAGGAACGCCGCGCCAGCAAGUCUCGAUCUCGUUCCCAAUCCCGAUCCCGGUCGCGCGACCGAUCUGCUUCCCGCGACCAAUCCGCAUCCCGCUCUCGGUCCCGCUCGCCCCGACAAAAUGGCGACGGUCACGACCGCGCAAGUACAGACCGCUCCCCGCGCAGUGGCGACUAGGAACUUUAGCGUGUUAACUUUAAGAUACUUUUUAGGUUUACGUGUCUAUAGUUUAGAUGAUCCGACUUCGAUCGGCGCACGAUCUCUGUCUGGUCCCAUGGACCUAGAAAUAUUUAGGCAUAAAACAGGGCUCUUUAACGUAACGUUAUUCAUGCAAUGUCUAUUAUUAUUAUGUAAUGUUGUUUUCAGUUCUAACGAUAUUCCGGUAUGGGUACAAACUGUAGAUAAGAGUUUACUAUUUUCUUUAUUACUCUGUAUCAUUAAUAUCGAAUUAGAUAAUUGUUAUUCUUUGGGAUUGGUUAGAUACUAUAGUGAGACAACUUAUAGUAUUAAAUGUAUUGACCAAUAAAAUGUGGUACACAAGGCGUGCUUAAUACUAUAGGCAAUCUCUACCAGUCCACCUUUGGCAUCAACCCUAUGUACCUAUAUUUCAUUUGUGACUUACUAUAGUAACAGCACCAAAUUUCUAAACAUUGCCGACACCGGAGUUUUUGUUACUGCCAAAAACAUUAACCUCUCUUAUUUUUUAACGUUCCUAGAAGCCCUGAAUAAAUUGUAUCGGCAGUUUUCGAGAUAACUCUUUUACUUUCAUGUGUGGAUUAGUUCAGAUAAUUUUCUUCAUCAUAACUAAUGGAAAAAUAGGAAUUAUAUUUUUUCAAAAUACAAGUUACGAGAUAUCUUUGAAAUAGCAAUAUUUUUUAAAUAUAUUAAUAAACAUUAUUUCUUAGAUUAUAUAGAUAGUCUUUAUGUAAAAUCUUCGAAAAAAGCGGGCCACCAUUUUUAUACAAUUUUGCGUGGUAAAUAGUUAUGUUUCCUUUAUAACUUCUAUAUUUAUUUUGUUUUAUAAUUUUUGCAUCUUUUAAAUGCGUAAAAGCUCAUUUUAUUUUUUAAAUAAAGAUACGUCAAGAUACAUUAUGUGCGUAAAUAUAUAGAACACUGAUAAAAAAAAUGAGUCGGCUAAUUUAACAAUUAGCUGAUAAAAAGUAGACCCGUGUUUUAGACUCGAUGCUCUAUAAUGUAAGCAUUGUUUAUAUUAGGAGACUUUGAAAACGUCAUGUAUUAUCAGUUAGUUUCGUUUCUAUCAUUUCAUGGUCCAUGGCUAAUAAGUAUAAUGUAGGCUUUCGAUAUUCGAAGUCAAGUGUAAUAUAUAAGUACUUUAAAUUUUACCACAUUUUGUCAUUGUCUUUCAUGAGCGUUUCUUGUCGUUGGCAAUGUGACUUGCAGGGUAUGUGGCUAUCCUAAUAAAAUUUAAUUAUACUAUUUUUAGUUGAAGUGACUUAUGUUUCAGAAUUAAGUUAACUAUUUUACGGCAAAUAAAACGGCGUAAAUUAUUUUAAUAUGACUUAUGUAAUUUUAAUAUACAUGAGCCAUGAGUACAUCAUAUAAUGUAUGAAAAUUUGUUGCGACAACCCUCUAUAUAGUAGGUAUGUGGUACUUUGUAAAUAUUGGAUUUUGUUACUAAUUACCAAAUAAAUAUAUUAAGAAUUUUAAA